AACAAAAAUGUCGACAUUGAACAAUUCAACUUUUCUCACACAUUUUCUUGUUUUUUUCUAGUUAUAAUGCGCCUCAUAUUUUUCCCUCAGAAACAGUUAAUACACAUAAAUAUAAUUUCCCACCUGUUUUAAACACAGACAGUACUUGACACAAACGGAUAUUUUCCCCUUUGUGGUAUUUUUUCUUAUUAACUUCACUGAACAAUCAUUUUCGCUUCAUCCAUUUUUUCCUGUGUCUGUGUCAUUUGGUUUUGCGCAUCUAUUGAGCGCCUGCUGUUUACACACGAUGCGUCUUUCAGGACCAGGCUGAAAUAAUUCGCUUUUUUUCUACCUGCGCACUCACAACAGAAAGCGGUGAAUCAGAGUCAUCAGUGAGCCUUGAUACCGGAGGAACGUGUGUGUAACUCAGCAUUACAAUGCAACAAACACACAACUCCAAACCUUACAAUUUUAUUCAAUUAGGCCAAACUGCAAUUAAAAGCUCAGAUUAUUUCAUAGAAAAGGAAAGCUGAUAUUUUUACGCAAUAAAUCAAAUUUCGGUGCAGUAUUUAUUUCAGAGUCUUUAAGCGAAGCCUGCUUCUUAAAGGCCUCAGUGUACUGUCUGUUAAAAUUCGCUUCAACGUGGGAAGAGUUUGCAUAUUGUGAUUCUGUUUUAUGUGUUUAGAAGGGCAGACUGCGGGCUACGGUGGGAGAAAUUCCUCCAGCUCAAAUCAAGCCUCCGCUCCGCUCUGCUGAAGUGUCCUUGAGCAAAACACUGACUCACGAUCAGCUCCAGGGGCCUAAACUCUGAUCUCUGAAGAAGAGGGAUGUUUCCCCAUCAGAAGUGUCGGGUUAUUCUACACAACUUUCUUUGAUUGACAAGGAGCUCCGCGCAGAGGUGCACGGCUGUUUCCAAAUACGCGCGCGCAAUUACAGCUGCGUAAAGACACAAAGGUGCCUUUUUUUAUAUAGUUUCUGACAGUGGAGAGGAAUGAGAAGAAACAGAUAAACGCAAAGCCUGUGUUUAUUAAAAAUAAAUAAAUAAAUAGAUGUGAGUGCAUGCACAUUAACACACUAUCACAGCAGUAACACACAGUGAAAUCUGAAAGUGGCUCUUCAGUCAUACCUGACAUCUGAAAGUUAUUUUUAUUGAAUGACACAAGUAGGAAAGUACAUGUUAAAAUUACUGCUUUGAUUUACUGCUGAUGUGUUUGGAUCACAAACUGGGGAAUGACCUCACUUCCAUCAUUACAAAGUGCUUAAAAACAGAUAACUAAUGCCCUCAGUGUCCGCGUAAAGUUAAACUAUGAGUUUAUUCUGCGUAUAUUUCUGUAGUUUCUCCGCUAAUGAGAAAGGUUGGUGAAGCUGACUUUCAGUUUACCCUCCGCUUCACGCUCUGCUCCUCUCUCCUCCCUCUCCCUCUCCGCUCUGGCUGCGCGCUGUUUUCGGGAGGCUCCUUAUAAAUAAAAUCCACCGUCCCCGGUUCCUCUUCCUUAUUGGUCAGGUGGAGUCGUUACCUCACUCAGGGGCCGGUGACGCAGCGUCUUCACGUAUCCUUCAUGUGCGUCUCUUCUUGUUUCUUAUUGAGAGUCUUGCCAUCGGUCAGAGGGAGAAAACGGAAUUCGCGACGAGCCGAGAGUGCCGGACGGACCGGGUGCGCUCGAUACUAAACACUUCCCAUCCCGGGAGGAGAGCGGCGCACAAGAGCAGUCUCUCUCUUUCUCUCUUUUUCUCCGUGUCUCGCUCACUCUCUCUCUCUCUCGCACACACACACACACACUUUCUCUAUGAGUCUCUCUCCCUCGCGCUCCCUCCCGCACACACACUCACGCCCGCGCGCGCGCACGCUCUGCAUACGUCUCCACUUUGCCGUAGUAAAUUACGGCAUUGAUCUCAACGACGAGUGCGGAUCUGUCUCUUGUGUUCGCCCUUUCUUCGACGGACCUACUUGGAGAAACGCUCGAAGGAGAAACCAGCUGUAAUUUCAAAAUCAAGAGUCAUUACAUGUAGCUACAAAUUUCAAUGAUGGCGCCUCUCACCAUAAAAAUGUAACUCACCCUGUGUGUGUCUGAGAGGACCCCUGGUCAUGUCCGUUUAGCUCCCCUGCGUGAUGCCUGAUCAUGACAGCACCACCCUCCUAACCAGACAGACCAAGCGCCGACGUGUCGACAUCGGGGUGAAAAGGACUGUGGCUAGUGCGUUAUUUAGCCGCGCCAGGGAGACCCUGCUCGAUAGCAUGAACCAAUCACACGGCCCCGAUCAGGACGGAGACUGCUCGUUGGUCAGCCACGGCCAUGGCAGUGCCAACGGUGACGGAGAGAAGUCGAAUGUUUUGAGGAAGUUGCUGAAGAGGGCCAACUCGUACGAAGACGCCAUAAUGCCUUUUCCUGGUGCUACCAUUAUCUCUCAGCUGCUAAAGAAUAAUAUGGGGAAGAAUGGAGGGAGUGACUCAGGCUUCCAGGGGAGUGGAGCUCUGUCCAGUGGAGGCUCAGAGAUCCAUGCCGAGGAUGCCUGCAGCAACUCCUCCCGCGACCGGGACAGCCCGUCUGACUGCCUCUCACCUGGGCCUCCUCUUCCUCCUCCAUCUUCCUCCUCCUCCUCCUUCGGGCGACCACCACCUCCUUCAAGCCUCAACUCUCACGCUCCCUCUCAGCCCCUCUCCCUCUCCACUUUCGACUUAGACAGGCUGUCGGAUGAGCAUCUCCGUGCCAAGCGCGCUCGCGUGGAAAACAUCAUCCGCGGCAUGAGUCACUCGCCACUGGUCCGGCCCAACGGCGACCACAACCAAGAAAGCACCCGCGAAAAUGAGAAUUGCAUCAACAGCAGCAACGGCGGUAAUGACCACCGAAGAGACGGCAAUAGCCACAACACCAGCAGCCACAACCACAGCCGGAGCGACGGCCCCUCUUCCCUCCUGAGCUCUCCAGGUUCGCGGGGCGGUGGGGUCAGUGUUGGCGAGGUUUACAGGGAGAAUAAGAGAAAGCAGCGCCUGCCACAGCAGCAGCACAGCUUCACCCAGCUGGUUUGUUCCAGGCAGGAGCAGAGACAGGAAGAGAGACGGCAGCUCAAACUGCAACUGGAGGACAUGCAGAAACAGUUGCGCCAACUCCAGGAAAAGUUCUACCAGAUCUAUGACUCAGAGACAGAGGAAGAGGAAGACAACGGCGAGAGCGGAGAGGCCGACCGAGGUGGAGAAAGAGAGGAGGACGGCAACUUGUCAGAGGACAGUAUCCGCUCUGACGGCCUGGAGGAGAGGCACAGAGACAGAGGGCGGCACAGCAAUGACGACCUGUCUGAGCUGGACCCAGGCCUGUUCCUGGACCGGGCUCGAGCCCUCCUCCGAGAACAGGCCCUGAUAGAUGGAGAAAUGGAGGAGGAUGUGGAGGGCAGGGAGGAGGAGGAGAGGAAUGUAGAAAGGGUGAUGAAGAGGAGAGGAGGAGCAGCAGGAGGAGGUGGAGGAAGGCAGUUAGCAGAAACACUGAAGCAGGAGCUGAACUGUGCUGUGUCGCAGGUCGUCGACACUGUCGUUAAGGGCUUCUCCUCGCCCAAGCAGGCCGUCAGUCACCAUCAUGGCUGCCACAGCAGCACACCAGCUGCACCCUCCUCUUCCUCCAACUCAUCCUCUUCCUGCCCGCCACCUUUCGGCCCCCUCCCAUCCCUCACCCCGGACUCACGCUUUGGUGGUGGUGGCCUGGCCCUCAGUAUGAACGGGGAUGGCAGUCCAACCCCGAACUACCACUCCUCCAACCAGAGGUUGCAUUGCUUUGGCGAUGUAAUCGUCCCAAGCCCGCUUGAUUCAUUUGGUGGUUUGAGUGGCAGACUGAGCAGUGUGCCAACGCCCAACGACCAAACAGAGGCGCUGCCGCUGGUGGUGCGCAAAAGCGGCGGAGGAAGUGGUGGAGAGAACACUCACCCUUCUCUUCCUCCUCCUCCUCACCAUCCCUCCCUCCACCCCUCUCCCCUUACAGCCUCGCUCGGGUUUAGCCCUCCAUCAUUUCGCCACCCAUUCCCUCUUCCCCUCAUGGGUUACCCCUUCCAGAGCCCUCUUUCGCACGGGGGUGGAGCCAGCUACCCUCCAGGGCCCAAGGACCAUCAUCGGUCCUCCCCCGAUUCCAUGGACAUGACCCGGGACACUGUCAGCCUCAGAACCAAAAUGACAUCCCUUGGCGGGGGCCAUCUCAGUCACCACCACCACCACAGGCAGAGCUCACCGGGCCAACAUGGGCCUGAGGGUCUGUCCCUGUCCCUCAUCAAGUCUGAGUGUGGAGACCUGCAAGACAUGGCCGACAUAUCGCCAUACUCAGGCAGCACCAUUCAGGAGGGCUUGUCUCCCAACCACCUGAAGAAGGCCAAGCUGAUGUUCUUCUACACCCGCUACCCUUCCUCCAACAUGCUCAAAAUAUUCUUCUCAGAUGUCAAGUUCAAUCGCUGCAUCACCUCCCAGCUGAUCAAGUGGUUCAGCAACUUCAGGGAGUUCUACUACAUCCAGAUGGAGAAGUUCGCCCGGCAGGCCAUCAACGAGGGUGUGACUGCCGCAGAGGAGCUGUCGGUGGGCCGUGAUGCCGAGCUCUUCAGGGCGCUCAACAUGCACUACAACAAGGCCAAUGACUUUGAGGUUCCUGAGCGAUUUCUGGAGGUGGCCCAGGUGACUCUGCGCGAGUUCUUUAACGCCAUUGUGGCUGGAAAGGACGCGGACCCAUCCUGGAAGAAGGCCAUCUACAAGGUGAUCUGCAAACUGGACAGCGAGGUUCCUGAUGUCUUCAAAUCCCCCAACUGUCUACAAGAACUCCUCCAUGACUGACUAGGGCGAAGGAGGAAACGCAGCGAGCAAGACAAACCUCCAAGGACAGUGAGAAGACUGUAAGAAAGCACGACUUAGACUAGGUUGAGGUCUUCAGUGAAGUGCGUUUGACAGUUGUAACGCAAUGCAGAGACUUGAAGUGGUUCUACUUUGAGGCUUCUGGAGAGGUUUGUUGAUGGUUGUUUUUGGUCAGCCCAACUUUUAAAGACAAACCUGCCCUCAAAAUGUUUUCUAAAGAAAAAAAAAAAAUUCUUCUUGAACAAGGUAGAGGGCUCGAACUCAGAGUCAGACAAUGCUCAAAUUAACAUAUUGUGAGACUUUUAUAAAUUAAAAGCAAAACAGUGAAAAUCCUUGCACUUACAGAAAAACUCCACCAUGCCGAAAACCCCCGUCUUCUCUUUCUCCUCCACCUCGUCCAAGCUCGCUCUUCAUCCUUCUCUGGAGGAACAAAGUGAGGAGGAAGAUGAUGGAUCAAUCUUCAGCCCAUGACUUGGGGUCGGGGGCGAACUAAAAAUAAAGAUGAUAAUAUAUAAAAAUCUUUUUAUUGUGGAUGUUUUUAAGUUACAUGGACAUUUUUGAAAAAAAGUGAUGUUUCUGUAUUUUUCUCCUUUGUAUAAGCGUACAGCCUCUCUUCUAUGAACCCCUCAGUCACUCACAGAUACACAUGCAUACACAGGAACACACACGUACACACCUCUUGAAUAGGAAAGCACAGUAGCAUUCCCAAAUCCUCACCUGAACCCAGAAAAACUGGACAUAAAUAAACUUAGUUGUUGUUUAUUUCCCUUCUUUUUUCCCCCUCCUAUUUUUACUUCUCCCUCUUCUUACUGUACUGAGACUUACUGGGUGUUUGUUUUGACUGUGUGGCUCUCCCUGCCCCACCCCUUCCUGUCCGCCCCUCUUGGCUCAUGUUGCAUUCAGGCACCCAGAGCAUCAAAGACCCAAAACUUUUUAUUUCAUCUCUCAGAUCGAGAUACUAUCAGUUACAUUUUUACAAUAUUUGAAAAAGACACAAAACAAAUUGAAUGGAAAACUGGAAAAUCAGAUUGAUUCGUUUACCUCAGUUUCUGCACUUAUUUUACUUAUUUUCAAUGAUAAUAUUGAUAAUUGAGGAUGGUCCCUUUUUCCUUGGUUUUUACAUGGCAGACAUCUUUGAAAUUUAUAUUUUGUUAUGGAUGAUUGGUGACAAAUAACGAACUGAGGGGAACAUUUUACAGUUGAAAAAGAAACCUGUUUCCUUGCUUUUUGGUGGGCAAACUAUGAAAAAGAGACACUGUCUCUUAAUUAUUUUGGCAUAUCUGCACCACAAUUUCUGACCAAAUACACCAGCAUUAUCUAUACAUAUCUGUGAUAAGCUAGUAUCUGGUCCAACUACUACUAACUUAUUUAUAUUUUCAAUGUAUAGCACUGAUGCUAGAUAAAUUUGGGAUCCAGCAUUGCAACCCAAUCAGCGGAAUAAGUGUUGGCUUUGGCUUCUGCCAGCCACGGACAUACAUUUUAUUUGUAUGUUUCAUAUGUAACUGAUAUGUAUAAACUUUGUUUCUUUAUGAUUCAGUUUUUAAUUUUUACGUUGUGACAACACUGUGGUUAAAGUGUGGUACGGUUUAGGCAUUAAAAAAACAGUAAGGGUUAUGCUUUAGUUUGAAGUACCCAGUUUGAUCACUACAGACACAGCUGGACAUGUCCCAAAUUGUUGUUAAAAAACACUUGGUUUGGUUGCUACAAACACUGCUGGAUCUGUGUUAAAAAGAUGCAGUUUGGUCACGCCGGUGGACAUGUCCUGCCGUUCAACACUUGCUGUUGUCGCUACAAUCAUGGCUGGACAUGUCCAGAACUAUGUUCAAAAACGCCCAGUUUGGUUGCUACAAACAUGGCUAGAUAUGUCUUUAACUAUCUUUAAAAAAAACUUGGUUUGGUCGCUGCAAAUACGGGUAGACAUGUCCAAAACUGUCAUUAAGAAAACACCUGCUUUUUUUGCAACAAACACAGCUGAAGGGUCUCGAACUCUUGUUAAUAAACACCUUUUAUUUUUUUAUACGAACACAGCUGGAAAUGUCUCGGACUCUCCUCAAAAAAUACCCAAUUUUGUCGCUACAAACAUUGCUAGACAUGCUCCAAACGACCGUUUAAAACACUUGGUUUAGUCGCUGCAAACAGGGCUGGACAUGUGCGAAACUGGUAAGAAAGGGUUUCUUAACUGGUAAGAAAAGGGUUUUUUUUUUCAACAAACACGUCUGAUGGGUCUCAAACUCUUGUUAAAAAUAAAAAAACAAACUGGAAAUGUCCCGAACUCUCCAAAAAAGAAUCCAGUUUUGUCGCUACAAAUAUGGCUAGACAUGUCCCAAACUACCCUCAGAAACACUUGGUUUCGUGUCUGAAACUGUCAUUGAGAAAACACACACUUUUUUUUUUUU